AUGCUCAGCCUUUUAUGUAUCCGUUUUAAUAUUUGUAAACGUCCAGUUCACGAAAAAGCAAUUCGUGUUCCUUUAAUUUUGCCAAUAAUAUUUUUGAUUGUUUGCCUUUCUUUGGUGUCUAUAACAAUUAUACAAAGUUUUAAAUCCUCGAUUGUUGGACUUUUAAUUUUGGCUAUUGGAUUGGCUAUUUAUAUUUUAUUUAUUUGGGAAAAGGCUUUUCAAAGAUUUGGAGUUUAUAGACGAUUAUCUAAUUAUAUUAAUCGUAAGGAAAUUUAUUUUUAUUACAUACUAGGUCCGUUAGCGACUUUAGCCAUUCGGUAA